CAGCGCUCUGGUGUUUGCCUGGCUCUCGCUGUUAGCAUGCUAAUGUGCAAAGCAGCAAACUCUUAAGUCAACUUUGCCAUGUGCGGCAGUAUGGAAACGAACGCGAGCAGGUAGUUGCCUAAAUCAGCAACAAAGUUGAAAAUUCGAAAAUUAAGCGGACGGAUCCUACGAAACGCAGCCAACAAAUGUCCGGGCAUAUUUGCUCUCCCGACAAGUGCAAGAAGUUCCUAGUUUACAUGGAAUAACGCCUGUUGUGUGCCGCUGGGACUUGAAUACUUCUGAAGUCAGCUUGAAAGAGCAGUUGAGGACAAUGAAUCUGUCUUUUGACGACCCGUCACUGGAAACCUUAGACUCCAGUUUGUCUUUACACGAUUCGAGUGAUAUUGACACGGCUCUGCUCAAUGACAUCGAUGAUAUGCUCCAGCUUAUCAACAACCAGGACAUGGAGUUUGGAGGGCUGUUCGAUCAUGCUCCAUUUCCUGCCCCUGCAGCCCUCACGCAGGACCUCUCAGUCCUGCCCCACUCCAGUCCUUCCUCUUCUACAACCACCAACACCUCCUUCAUCCUCAGCAGCAGCCCCCACCUGGAUGCCCUGCUGGGCCCCCCCAUCACCCGCAGCUCCUCCAUCCCGGACAAGGUGUUCCACCCACCCACUUUCCAGCAGUCUCCUUUGGCACAGGUGACCUCCACCCCUGCAAACCCCACCACACUACAGACCACACAGCCCAAAGCUCAGCCGGCUCCAUCUCCCAGCCUCCACCCUUCCACCCCGCCGGCCCCGAGCCAAGCUGCCCCAGCUGGGAAGAGCCCUGCCUUCGGUGCAACCCAGCAGGCCCUCUUCAGCUCACCGACACACCAACCACUGCAACAGCAGCUCGUGGUCACUUACCCCAACCAGAACGGUUAUACUGCUGUCACUCAGCAGAGCUCCCCUCAGCCAAUCGCGAGUCUCUCCACCUCUCCACAGAAUGUUCAGCCAAUGGCCAUCCAAGCCCAGGUGCAGAGCCUCUCGGCUUCGCCAAUCCUGACCACCUUGUCCAGCCCUCCUACACAGACCAUCUCCCCUCAGGUUCAGCAGGUUCCUGUUUUGUUGCAGCCGCAGUUCAUUAAGGCAGACUCUCUCUUACUCGCAACUCUGAAGCCUGAUGCAUGUAUGGUAACAACAGUCGCGUCACCCUGCAUCACAACGCUGGCUACAUCCACGGCGCCAGUCCAGAACACCUCACUGCAGGCACUGAUGAGUGGAGGCACCAUCCUGACCACCGUUCCGCUGCUGGUGGACACAGAGAAACUGCCCAUCAAUCGCAUCGCCAUCAGCGGGAAACCAGGCGGCCAGCCGCACAAGGGCGAGAAACGCACAGCCCAUAACGCCAUUGAAAAACGCUACCGCUCUUCCAUCAAUGACAAGAUCAUUGAGCUCAAAGACCUGGUGGCUGGGACAGAAGCUAAGCUCAAUAAGUCGGCCGUUUUGAGGAAAACUAUUGACUACAUUCGCUACCUUCAGCAGUCCAACCAAAAACUAAAGCAGGAGAACAUGGCACUCAAAAUGUCCAUUCAGAAGAACAAGUCUCUGAAGGACCUUGUGAUCAUGGAUGUGGAUGUGAAACCAGAAAUCCCCACCCCUCCAGCAUCAGAUGUAGGCUCGCCUCAAUCCAGCGGCCCCUUCUCCCACCACGGCAGCGACUCGGAGUCGGACAGCCCGAUGGAAGAAGACAACAAGCCUGUGGUUGAGAGGGCUGGAGGAAUGCUGGACCGCUCUCGCAUGGCUCUGUGCGCCUUCACCCUGCUCUUCCUAUCCUUUAACCCGUUGGCGUCCCUGCUGUGUGGAGGCUGGAGCAGCUCUGGGACGACUGUCUCUGGACACACAGGAAGGAGUAUGCUGGCAGUGCAGGAUGCAGCCGACUCUUGGGGUUGGAUGGAUUGGAUGUUGCCCACUCUUCUGCUGUGGCUGCUGAACGGUGUUCUGGUCGCUGGAGUUUUGAUCCGCCUGCUCGUGUAUGGAGAACCUGUGACCAGACCUCACUCGGAAUCAUCUGUCCUCUUCUGGAGACACCGCAAACAGGCCGAUCUGGAUCUAGCCAGGGGCGACUUUGCUCAGGCCUCUCAGAACCUCUGGACGUGCCUCAAAGCUCUUGGUCGUCCUCUGCCCACGUCUCAGCUGGACCUGACCUGUGCUGUGCUGUGGUCCGCCCUGCGUCUGUGUCUGCAGAGACUGUGGGUGGGCCGCUGGCUAGCCAGCCGUGCCGGAGCCCUCCGUUCCAACCGCCCCCUACAGGAAGAUGCCCGUAAGAGCUGCCGUGAUGCCGCCUUGGUCUACCACCGUCUACACCAACUCCACAUGACCGGCAAGCUCGGAGGAAGCCACCUCUCUGCAAUCCACAUGGCACUGAGCGCUCUCAACCUGGCCGAGUGUGCAGGGGACUGUCUCCCUGUUGCCACACUGGCAGAAAUCUAUGUGUCUGCAGCCCUACGGGUUAAAACCAGCCUUCCCCGCCUGCUUCACUUCACUACUCGAGUGUUCUUGAGCAGUGCUCGGCAGACCUGUCUGUCGCCCAGUGGCAGUGUCCCUCCUGCCAUGCAGUGGUUGUGUCACCCGCUGGGUCAUCGUUUCUUUGUUGACGAGGACUGGUCCAUUCGCAGCACCCCUAAAGAGAGCAUCUACAGCCAGGCGGGAAACUCGGUUGACCCGCUGGCUCAGGUGACCCAGGCGUUCCGCGAGCAUCUGUUGGAAAAAGCCCUGUACUGCGUGGCACAGCCGCGAGGCGACAAGAACCUCACUGAUGGAGAUGGUGAAUACUCAGACUCUCUGGAAUACCUGCAGUUGCUUACCAGCGCCUCAGAUGCAGCAGGAGCCACGACACAGUCCUUCGCCAUCGGAUCAAACAUGGCCACCGUUACAGGAUGUGACCCUCACUCGAAAUGGUGGUCGUCGGUUGUCGUGGUGAUCAUUAAUUGGCUCCAGGGAGAUGACGUGGCGGCAGAGAGAUUGUACCCAGCGGUGGAGCACUUGCCGUGCAGCCUUCAGACCGCUGAGAGUCCGCUGCCCAAAGCCUGUCUUAACACUUUCAAAGCGGUGCGCUCCCUGCUGGCCAAACCAGAGAACUUCCAGCUCAGCCUCAGCUACUGCGAGAAAGCCAGCGGCCUGUUCAGACACAGCCUCAACCUCGGCCCACACUGCAGCACCAAUACGCUAGACAAGCUGGUGCAGUUGCUGCUGUGUGAUCUGUUGUUGGUGACGCGCACUAAUGUGUGGCGGGAGCAGCAGGUGGCGUCUCAGCAGAGCUCUCCGACGGCCGCCUCUCCUGCAGAGCUGCAGGGCUUCCAGCAGGACCUCAGCUCGCUCCGCAAACUCACCCAGAGCUUCAGACCGGCCAUGCGCAGGUUGUUCCUGCAUGAAGCCACAGCUCGGCUGAUGGCGGGAGCCAGUCCAACACGCACACACCAGCUCUUGGACCGCAGUCUGCGCCGCCGCACCACGCCUGGAGGCAGAACAGAGGAGUGUGAGAUGCAUCCAGGCCAGCGAGAGCAGGCAGAGGCCGUGAUGCUGGCGUGCCGCUACCUGCCCCCUUCCUUCCUGUCAGCUCCGGGCCAGAGGGUGGGCAUGCUGGUGGACGCCGCCCGGACGCUGGAGAAACUAGGCGACAAACGCACCCUCCACGACUGCCAACAGAUGAUCAUCAAACUAGGCAGCGGAACGACCGUCACGUCCACCUAGCCGACCACACACCAACACACACACUUAAGAGCACUUUUACAAACACACCCCAAGAUCUCUCAAUCGAGAAUCAACACGCUCUUUAUUUCAGGCCUCAGUCAAUAUCAUCCAACAACGCCAAGACGUUUCGACUCUCCCCAACAAUUCAUAACAGCGUAUUCAAAACCAAUGACGAGAUGCAGAGGCAAUAACAGACACAAACACAGUGUUUUCUUGACCUUUUUGAUAUUUAUCUGCCCUAAAAGAAAUUGAAGAGUUUUUUUUUUUUUGUCUGUGAAAUGGCUUUGUGAAACGAAGCACUGUCAGUGCUGACUUUGGCCACUAGAUGGUGAUUUGGUGAACUGGACGCUGGUCCGUGGUUGAGAUGGACACGUAUUGUAGAGCUUUGCUUUACUAUUAGCACCUUUUGAGAGAAAUGAACAUUGCGAUGCCAACCGCGAGUUGAAUCAAGUAGUUCCUACUUACAGCAUGUUAUCGUCUGGGAUGAAUUCUACAUAUUGAUUUAAUUAAGGCUUUAUAAAAGUUCUUUUUCUAUGUGUAUAUAUAUAUAUAUAUUUUUUUUUUUUUAAAUAAGUGUAUUUAUGAUUUGUCUGACGCUGUAGGUGAGCAGUAUUUAAAGAGGGGCUGAUGGUACAUUUUGUCGUGCUGCUUCUGCUGCAGUAGUUGAACCAUAUGAAGAAGUCAGCAGAACAAAAAACGGUUUCUACCAGCAGUCACAGUGUGAUAUUGUUCACUGGAUUUGUGUCCAUUUGCGCUAUUUAGUGAGUGGGCUGCUCGGUCACCUACAGACAAAAAGAAGCCCACCGGUUGCCAUUGAAUCCACUGUUUAGUUUGUAUUUUCAAACCAGUCUUCCAUUGGAGUUAGUAAAUCCAAAUGAUUUCAUCUGCGUCGAAUGUUAUUAAAGUAUUGACUCUAAAGCAAAGACAUCAGCGUUAACAUCUUUAUCCAAAGAUAAGAUUUGAUAGCGGUAUGAGGAUCUGCCUGCAGCUAUUUAUAUUUCAUCUCUAGUCACCAUUAUGUACGAACUCUGAUUACUAGACAUGUUUUCUAUUCACAGUAACCGUGAGAUUUGCAAUUGACAUUCAUUACUUGUACGCUAACUUUUCUGUAGUGCUUGUGAUCGAGUCUCAAAGACGAAAUGUUUAAACUGGCAGGCGCACACAUAGCAUAUCCUGUUGUCUUCUGUUUGAUUUAUUCUUAAGAAUGUAAAUAAAAGUAUUUUGUAAUGAAA